UCGAUAUUCGAGUACGACCUUUACAUGAUGUUACAAAUCAAAACCAUACAAGAAAUCUUUUACAAAGUAUCGGAAUUAAUAAUCGACGAACAACAGAAGAACGCUAUAUUGUCCUAGAUUUAAAUUCACUCGAGAGUUAUAUCAAUUUGCUUAUUCAAGUAAAGUUUUUAUGUUUGUCUUAUUGAACAUUUUCUGUUAUUAUUUAGUUUUUCAUUUAAAAGAUUCGACAUCAUGGAAUGACAACACCACAUUACCAUUACAUUAUAAUGAGUCUCGUAUGUGGAAAAGAGAGGCAGAUAGAAUUGAUAUGCGAGUUUUUCGAUACGGUGGAGUGAAAGUGACAUAUUUUCUACCGAGAUCCGUUCAACCUGUAACAUUAUUGAAAAGCUCAACAGUCGAUUAUUCGACAAAUCGUUUAUCAUUACCAUCUUUUGAGAAAAAAGCAUUAGCCGAUAGUGUUCAAUUAUUCAUGAGAGCUUUGAGGUUACUCAAUGAAAAAGGUGCUAACAUAUCGUUUGAUAACAAGUCAGAUCAUCUUAAAAUUCGAUGCCGAUCCCCAUACAAAGCGGUUGAAAAACAUAGAAUGGGAGAAUUACUCGUCGACAUUAUGAAAUCUACUACAUUCGAGGGAUUUUCUGGACAUAUUGAAUUUAAUAAAUACGGUGAACGAAUUAAUUAUAUAUUGGAUGUACACCAAAUAACAAUGAAUAAAUUACCGAAAAAUGUGGGAAAUUUUACAAACGAUUUAUUUUUGAUGGAUGAUACUGAAGUAUUUCAAGGUAGACAAACACAUGAUUUUGAUAAGGGACGAGAGUGGAUCAUAACAACAAUUUUGGAUGAGCCAUUCACAAUGAUAAAUUACACAGCUGCUGGUAAUCUGAGAGGGUCAACAGUUGCUGGACAAAUUCUACCAUUUGAUCAUUUAUAUGGUUAUUGUGUCGAUUUGGCUCGUUUCAUAUGUGAAAUGGUGUUAAAAAUUCGUUGUAAAUUUCGUAUUGUCAAAGAUGGUCGAUUUGGACAGAAAUUGACAGAUGGUCUAUGGAACGGAAUGAUUGCAGAACUCAUGCGUCAUGACCUUUGGAUGUGUGUGAUAUUAGCUUACAUUGGUGUAAGUGUUAUUCUGUUUGUCGUUAGUCGAUUUUCGCCAUACGAACGGAUUGAAGAUGAUACGGCAGAAACAGCAACACCACAAUUAUCAAACAAGUUUUCCAUAUUAAAUAUAUUCUUUUUUGCAUUAACAGCAUCCAUGCUUUCAUUGUAUACAGCUAACUUAGCUGCGUUUCUUGUGAGUGGUUACUUGAACGACGAAGAUGUUACACCCAUUAAAAGCGUGGAAGAUCUAGCACGACAAACGCAUAUCCAGUAUGGAGUGGUGCGAGGAGGUUCAACGCAAGCAUUCUUUGAAAAAUCGGAUGUGAAAAUAUUUCGACAAAUGUACACGAAAUCAGCAGGAGAAUAUGCGUUUUUACUCGAAUCGACCAAGAAUGAGUAUGCGAAUGAACGUUUUCCUUGUGAUACUAUGAAAGUUAGCAGUGAUCUAGAUUCAAAAGGUUAUGGUAUUGCAACACCAGUUGGAUCAGAACUUCGUGAAGCAAUCAAUAUAGUCAUAUCAGAAAUGAGUGAAGCUGGAAUAUUAAAUGCAUUGAAAAACCGAUGGUUCUAUGAGAAAUCCGAAUGUUCAAGUGGAACAAUAAAAAAUGCAAGACGAAGCCAUGCAAUGAAUAGUGGUCAUGUUCGUGGUAUAUUUUACUUUCUCAUUGGUGGUUUAGCAUUAGCUAUAAUCAUAGCUUUUUUGGAAUAUUUUUUUGUCAAAUGUCGUAGCUAA